CGUUCCUUCACCCAUUACCCCAAUUUUAAAUAAAUAUUUAUUCCAGCUCUCACCUUCUCGAUAAUUCUUCCACCUUAAGAUUCUCGCUUUAACUCCUCCUCCUCCUUCCCCUUAUUCUUAUCCCAUUCCCUUCUCCCCGUACUUUCCCCAACCCUCUCAGAUCAGGUUUUCGCAGAUCGAUCUAGGCGAUCUAAUAUUCGGUGGGAUUUGUAGUUUCGAAUUUUGAAGAGAUCUUGAAGCAGAGCAGAGAGUCUCGAGAUGGCGGAAGAGCACAGAUGCCAAGCACCAGAAGGUCUCCGUCUCUGCGCUAACAACUGCGGAUUCUUCGGCAGCCCGGCCACCAUGAAUCUCUGCUCCAAAUGUUACAGAGACUUUUGCCUCAAGGAGCAACAGGAGGCCUCCAUCAAAUCCACCGUCGAAGCCUCUCUCUCCGCCUCCGCGGCCGCCUCUUCAUCGGCCUCGUCUUCCUCCUCUUCUCCGGUGAUUGACUUCCGCUCUCUCCCUCCGCCUCCGCUGUUGACUUUGCCGGAGGUCGCCGAGGCCGAAGAUGUUCCCACUCCUCCAGAGGUCGCCGCCCCGGCGGUGUCGCAGCCGAACCGGUGCAACGUCUGCCGGAAACGGGUCGGGUUGACCGGGUUCAAGUGCAAGUGCGGGACCACCUUCUGCGGGGUCCACCGUUACCCGGAGAAGCACGCGUGCUCGUUCGACUUCAAGACGGUCGGGAAGGAGGAGAUCGCGAGGAGCAAUCCGGUGAUCAAAGCAGAGAAGCUCGAGAAGAUUUGAUGCGGGCCGUCGGAUCCGAUUACUUUUCGAAAAAAAAAAAUUGCAGAAAUUUCCAGUCAGUCAAUGAUAUGAUUGCAUUAGCAAAGAGGCCCCGCCGGUGUGGUGAUCGCCGGCCGUUCGUCGUCAAGCAGCACUUGUGAAAAAUUAAGUCUGAUAUAAAUAUUCUCUCUUUUCUGGGUUAAUUUUUAAUAUUUGUUUUCGGAAAAAUAAGUUAUUGUGGGCUUUGCUUGUAUGUUGCAGGAAAACCAAAAAAAAAAAAAAAAAAACAAGAAAGGUUUCUAUUUGGGUAAUUGAAAUUUCGGGUCUGAUUCCUUGGUA